AUGUCAUCCAAAAUCGACGCCAGCUCUUCCUACAGCGUAGACUACUCAACCACAGACGUAGUCAACGCCUGGCGCACCCCCCGCCUAGAAUUCAUCAAAAUCGACAAAAACGACCCCAACAUACGAGAGUUCCUCCCACAAACAGAACAAGACCCCGUCGUCCUCUCCCUCGCAUCAAGCCGCUUCCUCGCACCCAACAGCCAGGCCGACCUAGACGACAGCCUAGACUUCUUCACCAAGGCCCUCCUAGGAGUGGCCAUCUGUCUGCGCCCCACGGAGGAAGAACAAGAAACAUCACCGGAGAAGAAGAAGCCCACCAUCAUUGGGACCAUGUGUCUGGGCUGGGGGGGUCUUAACCCACGGAAUGCGCAUAAUCGCUCUGCGCACAUGGGCAUCGUGCUCGCGAAGCCGUAUCAGAAUAAAGGGUACGGCAGGGAGGCGAUCAAUUGGAUGGUUGAUUGGGCGUUUAAGCAUGCUGGGCUACAUACCGUGUGUAUGAUUGCUGCUAGUUAUAAUCAAAGAGGGAUUCACUUGUAUCAGGAUAUUGGGUUUCGGCUGGAGGGACGGAGGAAGGAGGUGUGCUAUUUUAAUCGUGGAUGGUAUGAUGAGUUGGAUUUUGGCAUGACGGAGCAUGAGUGGGAGAAGUUGCGUGGUAUUUCUUCCUAG